CCUCAACAGAAUGAGCAUAGAUAGGUACCUAGACACCUUACACCCCAGGCACAAACAGCCAACCCGUAACCCGCAGGCGGUGAGACAUAAUCUCCGACCCCGAAAGGCGGUCAGAGGCCGAAUAACCGUUUUUCGCUUUUUUCUCCUCAUCGGAGUCGCGCGUUGCUCAACUGCGAGAAGUUCCCUCUAAGCUGUCAAUUCCCGGUUCCUGGUCAUCUGCUAAAGUCUACCCCCUCGCCCGCUCAAACAACCCAUCACAAUGCCUUCCUCCGUGCACUCCCAAGAAGAACAGGACCAGUCCAUGCUGGACGCCGCCCCCCAGGAGCAGCAGCAGGAAGAGGUCGAGCAGACCGACGACGUCCUGGAGCUCGAUGAGAAGCGGAUCGUUGUUCUGCCCGGCGCCACCGACACCGCUGCAUCAUUCCAGUUCGAGGGAGAGGGCCACACGCUCGGUAACGCGCUGCGGUAUGCGAUUAUGAAGAACCCCGAAGUCGAAUUCUGCGGCUACACCAUCCCCCACCCCUCCGAGCCGAAGAUGAACGUUCGUAUCCAGACUUAUGAAUCAACAACCGCCGUCGAGGCCCUCGAAAAGGGCCUGGAGACUCUAAUGGACCUGUGCGACGUCGUGACGGACAAGUUCACCACGACGCGGGAUGCCUUUAACGCUGCCCAGAUCGAUCGCAUGGAGUCGUAGACACUCACUCAUUCACUGUACUGUGCUGUAUAUCUAUCAUUAUGUCUGUUGCUUUUGGAUGUCUUGGGUCGGCGUUUGUGUAGAAAAGUUAUACCUGUUUCUCUUUCUUCUUUCUUAUCUUUCUAUUGUUUUAUUGGGAUUGGUCGGUUGUAGAGUGCGACAGAGGGUUUGUUGUGUUGUAUGUAUAGUGAUGCAGGUGGGGUUGGGUAGGGUAGGGUACUUAUACCUACCUAAUUACUAUACCUUGCCCUUGUCCUUACUUGCUUAGUAGGUGGUAGGUAGUAGGUUGGAUACUACCGUUUUUUGGUGACUGGAUUGGUGACUUUUAUUAUUGUUGGUAUAUAUAUAGAUCUCGAGUUAUGCUG